UACUGGGACGUGGUUAUCAUACGGAGGAUUUUUAUUUCUUUAUCGAAUUGAAUAGUGGAAAAGCGUUUGAUUUCGUGUGAUUGAAGUGUCCUGUUGAUGUUAAUAUCGAAAAUCAAUUAAAAUAAAAGAAAAUACUUGAACCGUUUAAAAGGACUUUUUUUUUAAAAAAUGUCUAGUGAAAUGUAUCGUUACUACUACACUUCCGGUCAUGAAAACAUGCCGGUUAUAAAAUCAGAGAAUAGUUGCCUCAUAGCAUCCAAUUUCGGAUUAUCGCAAUAUCCUGUGUCGACUUCAAAUUACGACGGGUCAUACUCAGAUGGAUGGAGCACGCCCAGCCCAGCGAGUUUUCGAUCAUCAAGUCCUGAGUACGUCGACCUGAAUACCAUGGUGUACGGAUCCAGUGGAGCCCUUCCCACCGUGCCAGGAAAUUUAAGUGAAAAACAUAUUCCUCAGAUAGUUCACCCUGGAAUAAGCGAACUUCCCAAAGGACCACGUGCGUGCAAUAAAAAGGUGGCGUCCAAGUCUGACCUUGAGGAGGAGAAUCGGAUUUGCAGUAGCCUUGUGGGUCCUGAUUUGAAUAGUUUCGACUUUUCCGAUUCAGGACUUUUUGACGAAAGUGGUGACGAUGACUCUAUGUGCAUGUUCAGUUCCGACCUUACUGCAGUUGAUGAGACGACAACGAAUCCUUCAGGGGUUACUCAGGGUAAGAAACGACGAACAAAACAGGUAUCACCCAUUGUGAAAAGAUCCAGGAGAUUGGCCGCUAAUGCCCGGGAGAGGAGAAGGAUGCAAAAUUUAAAUCAGGCUUUCGAUAGGUUGAGACAGUAUCUACCGUCCUUGGGCAAUGAUCGGCAACUUUCGAAGCACGAAACCCUCCAAAUGGCACAGACAUAUAUAACGGCCUUGUGCGAUCUGUUACAAUAGAGGAUCUAAGGACAU